AUGACGAUCACCUUGCAGGAUGUGGCCGGCAUACUUGGAUUGCCUACUGACAACCUUGUCGUUACCGGAUCUACAAAUAAGGAUUGGCUUGCUGUUUGUGCUGCUGUUUUUGGUGCGGAGCCACUGGCCAGUGAGUUUCAUGGAUCAGGUGACCUCCGCAUCUCAUUCUUGGAUCGUUUAUAUACUCGAUGGACUGAUGCAGAGGGUGAUCAUGAUCGAGAGAUCUAUUUCACAAAGGUGCACAUUGCCCGCAUGCUAGGGUGUUGGUUACUAGCGGACAAGUCUGGAGGUAUCAACAUCGGUUGUCGGCUACUCACGUUGCUUGGGGGAGGAUUUGAUGAGAUCGGUCGUUUCAGCUGUGGAUCUGCGGUUCUGGCACACUUGUUCAGGAAUAUGUGCGAGUGUACAGAUGUCGGUCGAUCUGAUAUGGGCGAUUGCCACAUUCUUCUACAAAUAUGGGCAUGGAUUCGAUUCCCACCCAUUGCUUCACCCCUUCCUCAUCAUCCUGAACCUGGGACGCAUUACGCAUGCCGGUAUGCUUUAUUAUAUUCAAUUAUGGUCGCUAAUGAUUUAUGUAAUUACUAA